UGGAGUAUAAAAAACUGAAUUUUGAAAUCAUUUGGACUAGAACAAAGAGUGCUGGUUCUCCACAAGCAGAGAGAUAAGAUCAAGAUAUGGGGGAUCUCUAUGCAUUGGACUUCGAUGGAGUUCUUUGCGAUAGCGUCGGAGAAACCGCCAUCUCCUGUGUUAAGGCAGCCAAACUGAGAUGGCCCGAAUUGUUUGCUACCGUCGAUUCAUCACUGGAAGAUUGGUUUGUUGAUCAAAUGCGAAUAUUGCGGCCGGUUGUGGAAACUGGAUAUGAGACCCUGCUGAUUGUGAGAUUGCUUCUAGAGAUUAAGAACCCUUCAUUGCGAACUUCUUCGGUGGCAAAUGGGCUCACAGUUGAAGGAAUAUUGGAGAACUGGUUUGAUAUUUUACCAGUUGUAAUGAAAGAAUGGAGUGAAAACAAAGAGGAACUUAUAGAUCUCUUUGAUGUAGUUAGGGAUGAAUGGGUGGAAAAUAAUGUGGAUGCAUGGUUGGGAGCAAACAGGUUUUUUCCAGGUGUUCCCGAUGCAUUAAAGUUUUCGAGUUCACAACUCUACAUAGUUACCACAAAACGUGGUCGUUUUGCUGAUUUGUUACUGCGAGAACUUGCUGGAGUUACCAUACCACCCGAAAGACUAUACGCACUUGGAUCUGGUCCCAAAGUAGAAACACUGAAGAUGCUUCAAAAGCGACCAGAACACCAAGGCCUCACCCUACACUUCGUGGAAGACCGACUAGCAACACUGAAAAACGUCAUCAAAGAUCCCGAGCUAAACGGGUGGAACUUGUAUCUAGUUGAUUGGGGUUACAACACUCAGAAAGAUAGGGAGGAAGCUGCAAAUCAUUCCAGAAUUAAUCUGCUUCAGCUUUCUGAUUUCACCACUAAGUUAAAAUGAAGUAAAGAGUGCUUGUUCUUGAAGUGGUGGAAUGAAGAGCGGACGAAAGUUGGCUUGAAAGUUCGUUAUAUAUAAUUUAAGAAGAUGUUAUGUAAAACUACAUUUAAUUAUCUGUUUUAAUAAAUAUCUUAUGUAUCGACUAUUUAAACAAUAUUUAUUUAUUUAUUUAAUGUGUAAUUUGAUUAA